UAGACACCUCUCCUUGUCUCCUACAACCAAAACCAUGAACCCCAACUCAAGUCUUAUCACUGCCCUCCUCCUCCUCCUCCUCCUUGUUGUGCCCAGGCACGUGUCUGCCGCUACAGCCACCGACAUCGCCCACGCCUGUAGCAAAGCGCUAUACAGGGAGUUUUGCAUCAGCACUCUCACAUCAGCCUCGGGAGCCAAGGCCGCGGAUCUUCCCGGUCUGGCCAAAAUCGCACUAAAGCUUGCAAAAUCUAGUGCCACCCAAAUCAAAAACCAUAUCCACAGUUUGCUUGCUUCAAACUCUUACCCUACCCUAAAGUCGGCUCUCAGCGAUUGCCGCCAGCAGUUCCAGGACGCAAGCGGCGAGCUCGAUGAAUCACUCGCUGCCUUUGGUUUUAAACACUACAAUGACGUUUCAGUGUCUGUGUCGGCGGCCAUGAGCAAUGCUGACUCGUGCACACAAGGGUUCAAGGAUAUAAAAGCAGAGUCUCCAAUCGAUGCUGAAAAUGAUAAGUUUAACAAGUUGUGCAGCAGUGCUUUGGGCAUUACCAAUGUCGUCGCUGGUUGACUUAUGUUUGAAUCCAUGAUGCUACAGAUCCAAUCAAGUUACAUUGAAAUAAAACACCUUUAAUAUUUAGUAACAA